AUGGAUAAUGAUAGAGAAUCAUUCAUCGCAUUCACAGAGAGAGAUGAUUUCGACAAAGAUCAAAAAUUAAAUAGUGAUUUUUAUCCAGAUCCUAAAUAUGGAUAUUCAUUACUUGAAAUAUGUUGUUAUCAUGGAUCUGUUGAUUGUUUCAAGUUAUUGAUCACUAAAUUCAAAUCAGAAAUCACGAAAACAUGUCUUCAAUUUUCAUUUUUAAGCGGAAAUGCAGACAUCAUGAGUGAAUGCCUGAAAGCAGUUCAACCAGACAAAGAAUGCAUGGAAUAUGCAAUUAUAUCACACAACAUUGAUUUCGUUACAUUCUUGAGAAACGAACAUCGAAUUAUAAUUGAUAUGGAUUCCUGCUAUAUGUAUCAUAAUCUUCAAGCAUUGUUGGUAUUAUUAGAUCAAAUUGAUGAUGUUAAUGUUUGUUUCAUUCUAUCUGUAUCAUUUAACAUUCCAUCUUUUAGCCAAUAUUUUCUUUCUCAUGGAGCAGAUAUCAAAUACAAGGAUAAUGGUGGGAAAACAGCUCUUCAUUUAGCUGUCAGGUCAAAUUAUAAAGAAAUGACUGAAUAUCUUAUUUCUAGUGGCUUGGAUGUAAAUUUAAAGGAUAACAAAGGAUUAACACCCAUUUUUUAUGCUUCAUCGAGUAACGCUAAAGAAGCUGCAAAAGUUCUUAUUUCUCAUGGUGCAAAUAUCAAAGCAAAAGAUUCGAAAGGAAGUUUUCCUCUUCAUAUUGCUGCAGGUUUCAAUUGCACAGAAACUGCAGAUCUUUUGAUUUCAUAUGGCAUGGAUGUGAAUGCAAAAAACAAAAAAGGAAGAACUCCUCUUCAUUUUUCAAUUUUACAAGAAUGCAAAGAAACAGCUGAACUCCUUAUUGCAGAUGGUGCUUAUAUAGAAGCCCAAGAUGAUGCUGGAUUUUCGCCACUAUUACUUGCAAUAGGAAAAAAUAAAAAAGAUUUUGUUGAAUUUCUUAUUUCCCAUGGAGCCAAUGUCAAUAUAAGAAAUACAUUGAGCGGGGUAACUUCUCUUCAUUGCGCAGCAUAUUUUAAUAGGAAAGAAAUUGCUGAAUAUUUAUUAUCACAUGGUGCGAAUAUCAAAUCACUUGAUAAUUCUGGAAUGAAUGUACUUCAUCAUGCUGCAAUGAAAAAUUGUACCGAAACGGCAGAAUUUUUUAUUUCAAGAGGCGCAGAAUUAAAUGCUAGAAAUGAAGAUGGAAAAACUGCUCUUCAUAUUGCCGCAGAGAAUAAUAGCAAAGAAAUAGCAGAACUUUUUAUUUCGCAUGGAAUAUAUACGAUUACGCGAGACAAAGAUGGGAAAAUUGCCUUGCAUAGUGCAGCAGAAAAUAAAAGUAAAGAAUUAAUUGAACUUCUUAUUUUACAUGGAGUAGAUGUCAAUUCGAAUGAUAAAAACGGAUUUACAGCUCUUCAUUACGCUGCAAUGAAAAAUGCAUUUGAAAUUGCGGAACUUCUAAUGUCUAAUGGAGCAGAUGUCAAUUCGAAAGAUAUUGAAGGAGAAACUGCACUUCAUAUUGUUGCAAUGCAAAAUAGCGCUGAAACUAUAGAGCUUCUUAUUUCCCAUGGAGCAAAUACAAAUGAAAAAGAUAAUAAAGGUGAAACGGCGCUAUAUUAUGCUACAAAGAAACAUAAUAAAGAAGCAGCUGAAAUUCUUAUUUUGCAUGGUGCAGAAGCAACUAAUGCAGAAAAAUGUGCAUUGUAA